AUGUCCCUCGGCGCCAUUUACCAUGAGCUGCGGGGGGCCUUAUCGACGAAGAUUCCGGCUGAUCAGCACCCUGCUCCAGCCUUCGCGAAGAUAUCCAAACAUUUCGACACUUUGGAAGCGGCCAAGGUCAAGAUUCCCGCGCUUAUUGAAGGUCUAAUCUGCCUUUAUGCACUCCCCAGCCGCUAUGAGAACAUUGCGCAGAUGCUGGUCCAAGCUACCUCUGCUGACAACAUGGGCAUAGGUGCGGUACGGGAAGCAGUUACCACUGCUUGGGACCAGUCUCAAGGCAAGAAGCCUGAGAAACUCGGUGCGCACAAGAUCUCGGCGGUGAAGCGUAAGCCGGGUGAUCCCUCCUUUUCUUCGCAGCAGCAGCAGCGCCCUCAGGGCAGCAGCAGCAAUGCGCGAGAUGGGAAGAGGCGCCCUUAUCGCGGCAAGCGCGCAGGCAAGAAGCGUUAA